UCUAGGCUCGAUUUCGUUCCGAUUGAACUCAGAUAUUGUGAUCAACUGAAACAACUGCUUGUAUCAGAGUUUACGUUGAAAACAAACGGCGUCAAUUGCCUCAACUUUUUGCUAGGCACCACGACGUCGUAUGGGUUAAGAAUAUUUGAGUUAAAUCUAUACCGUUGUUAGCAAAUUCCCAUUCCCCAAUACGACUCUACCUUCCCAGUUCCCGGCAUUCCCCGUUCCAAAAAACAUGACUUAUGCUUGAAACCGCCUCACCUUCGUCAAUUUGAGGCUUUUUUUUCGAAAAAUACAGUUCUCUCUCAGAGCUUGAUUGCGAUGCCCUCAAUGGCUCAAGGAGGACUCAGAAACUCCGCCGAUAGCCAUCAUAAACUUAGGGCCAAGUUCCCGGUCGACGACCGCAAGGUCGACCCCGCUUUUUCUAGGAAGCAAAAGAUUGCGGAGCAUAGAAAGUCUCUUCCGAUCGCUUCCGUUGAGAAACGGCUUGGGGAUGAGGUCCGAAACAAUGAUAUUUUGAUUAUUGUUGGUGAAACUGGAAGUGGAAAAACUACCCAGUUGCCACAGUUUCUAUUUAAUGCGGGAUUUUGUCGGGAUGGGAAGACUAUUGGGAUUACUCAACCUAGGCGUGUUGCGGCUGUCACUGUCGCAAAACGGGUUGCUGAGGAAUGUGGUGUGGAGUUGGGCCAAAGGGUUGGGUACUCCAUUAGAUUUGAGGAUGUGACGUCUGGCUCAACGAGGAUCAAAUACAUGACAGAUGGAUUGCUACUGAGGGAAGCAUUAUUGGAUCCAUAUCUCUCUAGGUAUUCAGUCAUCAUUGUUGACGAAGCUCAUGAGAGGACUGUCCACACUGAUGUGUUGCUGGGUUUGCUUAAAAAUGUACAAAAAGCAAGGUCAAAAUAUUUCAAUGAUCGCCUUAAUAUUGAAAAAAAGAAGGAAAAUAAUGGCACUCUGUUGGAUAAAGAUAAUGGUAUUUUUCUCAAGCAAUGCCAAGGCAGAAAAUUCCCUCCGUUGAAGUUAAUCAUCAUGUCUGCCAGCUUGGAUGCGCGUGGUUUCUCCGAGUACUUUGGUGGCGCAAGAGCUGUUCACAUUCAAGGGCGACAGUUUCCGGUGGAUAUAUUUUACACUCAUCAUGCUGAACCAGAUUAUGUAGAUGCAACCUUAAUUACCAUAUUACAGAUUCAUCUGGAGGAGAGACCUGGUGAUAUACUUGUAUUUUUGACCGGGCAAGAAGAGAUUGAAUCAGUUGAAAGACUUGUCAAAGAGCGACUUCAACAGUUACCUGAAGGCAGUCGAAAGCUGUUAGCUGCUCCCAUAUUUUCAGCUCUUCCGUCAGAAAAGCAAAUGCGAGUGUUUGCACCAGCUCCAGCCGGUUUCCGUAAGGUAAUAUUAGCAACAAAUAUUGCUGAGACAUCUGUGACAAUUCCUGGAAUUAGGUAUGUUAUAGAUCCUGGAUUUGUAAAAGCACGCUCCUAUGAUCCGGUCAAAGGAAUGGAAUCUUUGAUCAUUGUUCCAACAUCUAAAGCACAAGCACUUCAGAGGAGUGGACGUGCAGGACGUGAAGGACCUGGAAAGUGCUUUCGUCUCUACCCAGAGAGUGAAUUUGAGAAACUUGACGAUUCAACAAAGCCUGAGAUCAAGCGGUGCAACCUCGCUAAUGUCAUUUUGCAGCUCAAGGCUUUGGGUGUCGAUGAUAUUCUUGGGUUUGACUUCAUGGAGAAACCUUCAAGGGCAUCUAUUGUCAAAUCAUUGGAGCAGUUGUUCUUGCUAGGUGCUUUAACAGAUGAGUGUAAACUUUCAGAUCCUGUUGGCCAUCAAAUGGCUCAGCUCCCCUUAGACCCUAUUUAUUCAAGAGCUCUUAUCCUGGCCAGUCAGUUCAACUGCUUGGAAGAAAUGUUGAUAACUGUUGCGAUGCUCUCAGUGGAAUCUAUUUUUUAUGCCCCUCGUGAAAAAUUAGAAGAGGCAAGAACUGCAAUGAAAUGCUUUUCAUGUCCGGAGGGAGACCACCUCACUUUGGUUAAUGUAUAUCGCGCAUCUAAUGAGUUCUUGGAGAAGAGAACAGUGGGGCUUAGUAAAGAGAAAAAUGAAAAAAUUCUGAGAAAGUGGUGCAAGGAAAAUUUUAUCAAUAGUCGUUCCUUGAGGCAUGCUCGUGACGUCCACAGUCAAAUUCGGGGGAAUGUUGAACAGAUGGGUCUUCGUCUUGCUUCAUGUGGAGAUGACAUGCUUCAGUUCUGCAGAUGUCUUGCUGCUUCAUUUUUUCUCAAUGCAGCUUUGAAGCAGCCAGAGGGAACAUACAGGGCUUUGGCAAGUGGUCAGGUGGUGCAGAUCCACCCUUCUUCUGUGUUAUUCCGGGCAAAACCAGAGUGCAUAGUUUUCAACGAACUAGUCCAAACAAAUCACAAGUACAUCCGCAACAUAACUAAAAUUGAUUACUUGUGGUUAGCUGAGCUGGCUCCUCAAUAUUACUGCAUGCAAAAUUAAAUCUUGGUGUCAAUACCAACUGGAGAGUAACUUUGGUCGGACAGCUUUACUGUAUUAAUCAAGUCAUUUACCUUUUUUUUACAACCAAAAAAGCGCAAAACAAUGCCAAUCGAUGGCUUGUAAAUCAUGCUGGAUGCUGCGGUUUAAUGUUUUGGUUUCUUUACUGCAAUAGGGAAAAAGAGAAAAGAGAAUAGAGAAUUGGAAUUCUGUAGCCUAAUAUUUUUUGCUUAAUUGUUGAGAGGAGUGCCUGUUUUUUGAUGGAAAUCUUCCUGGAAGCUAGAAUAUGAUGGCUUGUUGUCCGGUUUGGUACUGGCUUUCAAUCUUAUUCUGGCAGGGAUUUCUGGCUUCUCAUGUGCCACGGCUAUGACAUUGAAGAGCUUCUUUAAUACCUACUUAUGUAUCACAAUAUGCGAAAACAAGCAUGGCUGUUGCUUAGAGGCAUAUCAGCAGACUGAGUAAGUCACAACUUUCUUGAGUCCCUUUUACUUGCUUAGGGACGUGUACAUGUUUCAAUUCAUUACACAACUUACUACUCGUCUAAUUGUUGAGUAACCGAGUCAUCAGUCAGAAAGCUUUGCAAGAAACCAGGAAUGAGUUUCAGAUUUCA